AUUCGAAACCACCGUAUUCAUCUGAGAGGCGUCUUGAUAAACGCCGCUCCUGCAUUUUCUUCCGAAACUCUCCGAAUCUUCCCGAAACUCAUCUUGGAAAUAUGAGAGAGUGCAUCUCGAUCCACAUCGGCCAGGCCGGUAUCCAGGUCGGCAAUGCCUGCUGGGAGCUCUACUGCCUCGAGCAUGGCAUUCAGCCUGAUGGCCAGAUGCCAAGUGACAAGACAGUUGGCGGUGGAGAUGAUGCCUUCAACACCUUUUUCAGCGAAACUGGAGCUGGGAAGCACGUCCCUCGUGCAGUCUUUGUUGAUCUUGAGCCUACUGUCAUUGAUGAAGUGAGGACUGGAACAUACCGCCAGCUCUUCCACCCCGAGCAACUCAUCAGCGGCAAGGAAGAUGCUGCCAACAACUUUGCCCGCGGCCAUUAUACCAUUGGGAAAGAGAUUGUUGAUCUUUGCCUGGACCGGAUCCGCAAGCUUGCAGACAACUGCACUGGUCUUCAAGGCUUCUUGGUUUUCAAUGCUGUCGGAGGGGGUACCGGUUCUGGUCUUGGAUCACUUCUUUUGGAGCGUCUCUCCGUUGAUUAUGGCAAAAAGUCAAAGCUCGGUUUCACUGUCUAUCCCUCACCACAGGUGUCCACAUCCGUUGUGGAGCCAUACAACAGCGUCCUUUCAACUCAUUCCCUCCUUGAGCACACUGAUGUUGCUGUGCUUCUUGACAAUGAGGCCAUCUAUGACAUCUGUAGGCGCUCCCUUGACAUCGAGCGUCCGACUUACACUAAUCUUAACCGCCUUGUCUCUCAGGUGAUCUCGUCCCUGACUGCCUCCUUGCGGUUCGAUGGAGCCCUGAAUGUUGAUGUGACUGAGUUCCAGACCAACUUGGUUCCCUACCCCAGGAUUCAUUUCAUGCUUUCCUCCUAUGCUCCUGUCAUCUCAGCUGAGAAGGCAUACCAUGAGCAACUUUCGGUUGCCGAGAUUACUAACAGUGCCUUUGAACCCUCUUCCAUGAUGGCAAAGUGUGACCCACGCCAUGGCAAGUAUAUGGCUUGCUGCUUGAUGUACCGUGGUGAUGUUGUGCCCAAGGAUGUGAAUGCAGCUGUGGCCACCAUCAAGACCAAGCGCACCAUCCAGUUUGUUGACUGGUGUCCAACUGGAUUUAAGUGUGGUAUCAAUUACCAGCCACCCACCGUUGUUCCAGGAGGUGACCUUGCUAAGGUGCAAAGGGCCGUCUGCAUGAUCUCUAACUCAACCAGUGUUGCUGAGGUGUUCUCUCGCAUUGACCACAAGUUCGAUCUCAUGUAUGCCAAACGUGCCUUUGUGCACUGGUAUGUCGGUGAGGGAAUGGAGGAGGGGGAGUUCUCAGAGGCUCGUGAAGAUCUGGCUGCCCUGGAGAAGGAUUACGAGGAGGUUGGUGCAGAAUCUGCCGAGGGAGAGGAUGGUGAUGAAGGAGAUGAAUACUAGAGGCUUGAUGUAAUCCCUUCUGUUGUCUGCUGUAAUAUGAUGGCUUUUGUUGCGGUUGUUUCCUUUUAAAGCUGCUGCUGGGCUUUGUAUGUGCUUUUCUGCACAGACUUGCAUUAUCAAUAAAAAUUUUCUGUGAUUUGGAACC